AUGGAGGGGCUUUGGCGGGCCGCGACGGGCCAAGACCCGAGCCCAGAAGACUACACAGGGAUAGAGUUCUGGUCCAACCCGGAACGCGCCACGUGGCUGACCAAGCAAGGCGAGUACAUCAAGACCUGGCGGCGCCGCUGGUUCGUCUUGAAACAGGGGAAGCUGUUCUGGUUCAAGGAUGGUAACGUUACCCGCACGUCGACACCGCGCGGCGUGAUCCCGGUGGGCACGUGCCUGACGGUGAAGGGCGCCGAGGACGUGGUCCACAAGCCUUGCGCCUUCGAGCUCUCCACCAACACCCACGACACUAUGUACUUCAUCGCCGACUCGGAGAAGGAGAAGGAGGAGUGGAUCAACUCCAUCGGACGGUCCAUAGUCCAGCACUCGAGAUCACUCGCGGAUUCCGAGGUUGUCGACUACGACAGCCACCGAGGGUGA